AUAGAGGGCGCCGGUGUGCAGCGCGGCGGCGGCGACGGCUCGCCCCCGCCCCUCAUCCGUUACCGCGACCCCGCGACGACCUCUCCGAUGAAGAGCUUCGGGAAACAAGCGAACGUGCCGGCGGCGCGCCACAACGGUCACGCGGGCGCGACCGCCAACGACACCUACUGGGACAUUAAGGGGCCGCAGCCGCACCGCGAGGUGGCCGUGGACGUACCGGACGGAUUCGUCGGACAAUCGAAGGUGCCGCCGCGCUACCCCACGCCGCAGCGCCCCUCGGUGGCCGCCGCGGCGUCGCCGACCCACCGACAGGGGGCGCCGGACGAGGCGGCGAGUGUGGAUCAGCUGGAGAGGAUCCGGAUGUACCAGGAGGAUCUGCGGAAGAGGAAGGAGGAGGAGGACCGGCAUGAGAGGGAGGCUGAGUUCCUGCGUAACUCGUUACGAGGCUCGGAGAAGCUGAAGGCUCUGAUGAGCAAUACUCCGGUGUCUGGGAUUGAGAACAUUGGUUAUGAGGAGGAGGACGGUUCUGAUGGAUUCGACCCGAUGGACAUUGUGGGGACCACUCCCCCGCGACGACCGAUACCUAUGAUAGAGUUGAUGGGCUCGCUCUCCUACAUCCAGCACCGGCUCGAACACUCGGAACAUCGCGAAGAACUCUCCGUCCUCGCCCGGUUGUUCCGCAACGUUGAGUUCCAGAAGGCCAUCGGCCUUCACAACCAGGUGGUCGCGAUCCUGUCGAAGCACAAGCAACGCACGCCUGCCACCACGGAGGCUGAGUCACUCACACAGGAGGUCCUGAAGAUGACGAAUGAAGUGCAGAACUCCAACACCCGUGAACUUCAGAAGAUCCUCUCAAAUCCGACGUUCCAAGGUCUGAUGUUCUCUCACGACAAGCUCUCACUCUGCAGCCAGGUGCCGCCGGUGACUCCGGAGUACAACAACUAUGUUGAGCGCGCGGCUGACUACGUGGAUGGACAUGAGAACAUCCGCAUUGUCCGCCUCGAGAAAACAAGUGAACCUCUGGGGGCGACGGUGAAGAACGAGGGAAGUUCGGUGAUCGUUGGCAGGAUUGUGAAGGGAGGAGCAGCAGAGAAGUCCGGGUUGAUCCACGAGGGAGACGAGGUGUUAGAGAUCAACGGCAUCGACAUGAGAGGAAAGUCCGUCAACGAGGUCGUCGACAUCAUGGCGACGUUGACAGGUCAGUUGACAUUCCUCAUCAAACCGAGCUCUGAGUCAUCACAACUCCCUCACGUCAACCGUGAAGCCAUGAUGCACGUGAAGGCUCACUUCAACUACGACCCUGAGGAUGACCUCUACAUCCCGUGUCGCGAGCUCGGCAUCGGCUUCCAGAAGGGAGACAUCCUACACGUCAUCAACCAGGAGGACAGUAACUGGUGGCAGGCGUACAGGGAGGGGGAGGAGGACCAGCCGCUGGCAGGACUCAUACCCAGCCGCAGCUUCACACAGCAGAGAGAGGCGAUGCGACAGACGAUAGCCGGUGACCUCGACAACCCCAAGGACAAGAAGAAAAACAAAAUGCUGUGUGCGAAGAAGCAUGCAAAGAAGAAGAAGAAAUCCAUGUACAAUGCAAACUUCAAUGAAGACUUUGACUCGGACGAGAUCCUGGCGUAUGAGGAGGUAGCGCUGUACUUCCCGCGUCCGCACAGCAAGCGGCCGGUCAUCCUGAUUGGUCCACAGAACAUCGGCCGCCAUGAGCUGCGACAGCGGCUGAUGGAGAGUGAUAGCAGUCGCUACGCCGCCGCCAUCCCCCACACUAGCAGACCUAAGAAGGACAGUGAGAUCGACGGUGUUCACUACCACUUCGUUCCGCGGCACACCUUCGAGGCGGACAUUCUCGCGCGGAGGUUCGUCGAACACGGGGAGUUUGAGAGGAACUACUACGGAACGAGCGUCGCGUCGGUUCGUCGCGUCGUCAACGACCGCCGCAUCUGUGUGUUGAACUUACAGCCACAGGUAAAGGGCUCGCCCGCCGUCCUGGCUGAGUCGCUAAAGAUUCUGAAAAGUUCGGACCUGAUGCCGUACGUGGUGUUCGUGGCGCCACCUGGCCUCGAAAAGUUGCGACAGACACGGCUGAAGCUAGGCAUGAGCACCAAGGACGACGAUCUGCGUAAGAUCAUAGAGGAGGCGCGGGAGAUGGAGGAGAACUACGGUCACUACUUCGACAAGAUCAUUGUAAACUACGACCUCGACCGAGCGUACGAUGACCUUCAGCGCGAGAUCAAGGUCAUUGAGACGGAGCCACAGUGGGUCCCCGCCGCCUGGACCAUCGGCAGCUAGUUUGACCCACCAGGGGGCACCGCGAGCGUGCAGCGACGUCGCGGAAUCUUCGGCCUAGCGCCCAAGCGACAGUGUUUUGGCCACUAGAUGGCGCUGAGGUCGAUGGCGAUGUCACAGGAGUGGUCCGUGCCAGUGAUGUGACUAUUUUCACAGCACACCACUAGAUGACACUGUGAUUGCGUGCGCGCCGCGCCACUGAGAUGUGUGUUUACGAUGCGUGCUAACAACGCGUGCGGCCGUCGUCGCUAAUGACUCAUCAAUGCUCGUUAUCGGCAGCAGCGAAUUACGAGAUGACUAGAGCGAACGGUCGUCACGGCAACAUGGGAAUCAGUCGGGCGGUUGCCACGGUGACAUGAGAAUGAGUCGGCCGGUCGGCAUGACGAUGCGUGAAUGCUUCACAUGGUUGCCAGGACGAUGCGUGAAUACUUUGCUCGGUUGCCACAGCGGCACGGGAACAAGUCGGGCGGUUGCCAUGACGACGUGAGAAUGCUUCAGGCAGCCGUGUGGCUUAUGGACAAGUUUGUGACUUUGCGGAGAAGGACAGAGAGAGGACCAGCUUGGAUGUGUGUGAAGAGGCUCAGUGUGUGUGGGUGGCAGGAAAGCCAGGAUAGUAGGGAGAGCUGGGAUGAAGGAAGGGCAGAUAUGAUUAUGGAUGGAUAGAUGGAAUAUCAGCUAGUGGUCGCGGUACGGAUGAUUGUGAUGACUGGCUAACGUGUGAGGUUGCGAUAAUCUGUGUAUAUAUAUAUUUAGUAACCUCGUAACAUCACCUGAAAGUUGAUCAACCUCGCAGCAAAAUGCAUAUAUGUACCUACUGUGAGCUUGAAUAUGUUGCAAAAAUUCACUACAACUCUUUUCUAUUGCUACUUUCAUAACAUUUCUUCUUCUCAAAAUCUAAACGAAAUUACUUCUUUUAUGAACGUAGUACCACAGUGAUGUUUACACAUCCGGGACACAGCAGAGCGAUCUGCUUGAUUGAGUAACAGUUCCUUUCUAUGAUAAAACAAGUUAUAAUUCAUUAUUCGAUGUUUAUUCAGUACAAAAUUUUUAAAUUUGUUUAAAUCAUAUAUCGUUAUCUAUAUUACUUAUGUAACCAGGAAACAAAUAUAGUGUUUUCGUUCCAAGAACUAUUUGCAUGCGCUAUGGCGUAUGGAUACUAUUUUGCGUUAUCUGGCACUUCGUACAAAUAACUUGCGUCUGAUGUAAGUUUUCAAAAUAGUCAACUUCGGAGCACAUUUCUGGCUCAAUGAGAACAUUUCGUAAUGUUUGCACACUGCAAGUCUGCUCACAGUAGGUCUAUAUAGGCCCUUUGUUGUGAGGUUUAUCCAAUUUAAGUCUUGCUCCCCUCCCCCCACACACGUAAUAUGCAUAUAUAUAUAUGAUAUAUAGGAGCACGUUAUACACGUUAUAUAGCGUUACAGUAGUGCGACGAUAAUUUCAUGUUGUACUUGGGUUGUACGAUGCAAUAUUUUGUUGUAUAUUUGGUAAACGCGCGCGAGAGAGAGAGAGAGAAUGAAUUUAUACGAGUUUAAAUACAACGCUGCUGUGAAAUCACGGAAUCUUGUCAUGUGAUCGUGACGGGCGAAUGCUCACUUGUUACACCACGGAUGCAUAAUGGCGGACGAAUGUUUACUUGUUUCGUCAUGGCGGAGGGGCUGGGAUGAACAGUGGAGGCUGUUAUGUUUUAUAGCUCGUGAGAGACAGGAGAUAAGAGAUGUUGUGUAUUGUUGUCAUAUUUGUACUGUUUUAUAAUCGCUAUCUUACAUUUAUUCGCACCCCUCACAUCUAACAUUGUUAACCAGAUCGCACCCUUCACCUCUCUCUCUCUUCCAUUCCACCAUAUUCCUUCUCCACCCUUUCUCUUUCC